UAUAUCGAUGGUAAUUUGUCGAUAGUGACUAUCGGUGCUUCAAUGAGUUUGAGUGCAAAUAGACACGUUCAAUAAAUAUUGAAGUAUUAGUAUAUGGAUGGCAGUUCCUCAUUCAAAAUGGACAGAUUUGUGGCUAGAACAAAAAAAGAUUGUGCUUUGUCUUCUUCUCCUUCUACAUCGACUGCAACUGCAUCGACUGCAACUGUAUCAAUUGCAUCAACAUCAACUGCAUCAACAUCAACUGUUUUAACUGAACGAAACUCCAAUGAUGAAGUUGCAUGCAAAAAAAAGAAAAUUGUGUCAAGUGUAUGGAAUCAUUUUGACCAUCUUAAAAACAGGAUGUAUGCAAAAUGUCGAUACUGCACAAAGGAAUACCGAACAAGUGGGAACACAUCAAAUUUAAUGGACCACUUGAAACGGUUCCAUUCCCUUGUACUGCAGGAUGGAAAAAAUGAAGUGAAAGUGGAUAAAUAUUUUUCGAGCGGUGAGUGUUAUAAUACCACAUCUACCAGGAAGGCACAUAUAGAUGAGUGUCUUGCCCGAAUGGUAGCACUUGAUUUGCAGCCUUUUAGCAUUGUUGAGGACGUCGGCUUCAAAGAUUUUGUGAAAGCUUUGGACCCAAAAUAUGUAUUACCAAGUCGCAGAACUUUAAAAGACGUACAUAUACAAAAUAUGUAUAAUAAUUCAUUGCUAAAACUAAAGGCUAUUAUGCAAAGAAUGGAAUAUUGCUCUAUAACGACAGACUCUUGGACAUCGCGAGCAAACGCGAGCUAUAUAACUGUCACAGUUCACUUCAUCGACAACUUUUCCUUAAAAACGGCAGUACUGUGCACACUGCCACUAAUUGAUCAAACCAAUCACAAUAGUGAGAAUAUUGCCACCACAUUGCGUCAAAUUUGUAAUGAAUGGGCAAUAUACGACAAAAUACAAACUGUAGUGACCGACAGUGCACCCGUAAUGAUAAAGGCGUGCGAAAUUUUUGAAAAAAGACACCUGCCGUGCUUCGCGCAUACAUUGAACCUUGUCGUACAAGAUGUGUUAUCAAACAAAAAUGUGAAGGAAGUCUUAACUAGCGCGAAACGAAUUGUUUCAUUUAUGAAGAGUAGCUCCAUCGCUAAAGCCAAAUUCAAAGAAGAGCAGGGCAGCAGCAAUCCUCUUAAUUUGCUGCAAGAGGUACCUACGCGAUGGAACAGUGCAUUUUAUAUGCUGGAACGAAUUUUGGAGGUAAGGGAACCGCUAUUAGCGACUCUUUUAAAAUCGCGAGGUGCGCCGAUUCCCUUAUCCGAGGACCAGUUCCGUGUCAUUAAGGAUAUAUGCACUGUUCUUAGGCCUUUCGAAGCUGCAACAAGGCACACAUCAGCGGCCAAUACGGUGACCAUUUCGUUGAUAAUCCCAGCAAUAUUGGCAUUAACCAAAAGCUUAGAGGAGCUCUUGCCAACAAUGCUAACAACAGUUGGCAGUGAGACUUGCGCUUUACUGAUACAAAAAGUUAAAACAAAACUGUUCCCCUAUGAAACAAGGACAGAUCCUAGACUUGGAACUCUGUUAGAUGCGCGAUUUAAGAAGGAGGGCUUUCAAAGUGAUGGCAAUGUUCAACAGGCUGCAAUUAAAUUGGAGAACGAGCUGAGCGGCUUAAAAAAACUAGCACAAAAUCAACCUGAAGAUGAGGAACUGCCAGAGGAUUCACCCUUUCUAUUUAAAUUCAUGGGAAAAAGAGUUGAAGAGAAGCGGUCUAACAAUAGGGCGGACGCAAUAAUUAUGAUGAGGCAAUAUUUUGAACAGCGCAAUGCAGCUCACGAUACAGACCCGCUUCAGUUUUGGAAGAUUAAUGAAAGUCAAUUUGAUGGCCUCAGCCGUUGCGCUACCAAAUACUUAUCGAUCCCGUCAAGCUCCGUAGAAUCGGAGCGCAUAUUUAGCAAGGCGGGUGCCAUAAUAACAGACCGGCGAGCUGCAAUGAAGGAAAAAUAUGUGAACCAACUCAUAUUCCUGCAAAAAAACCAAUGGAUAAACGACGAGACUAAUUAAACUAAAGCUGUGAAAAUAACAAUUUCUUACUUAAGAAACCAUUUGGAAUGGUACAUUUUUUUUUAUUUUAAAACAUAUUAUGUUUGUAAAAUAGUUGCGAGAAAC